AUGCCGGCACCUGAGCCCUCCCUCUUACCUGGCCAGAGUCCGCCCUUCUUUACAGUGACUCCGACGGAUCAAGCAGGAGUGAUUGUCAAUGUGGCCGCCAUCUGCCUGAUACUCGCCGCCAUCUCGAUGGGGAUUCGAGCGUACGUCCGCUUCGUAAUCGUCCAACAACGCAUCGCAUGGGACGACUCCGCUGUACUUCUGGCCCUCCUGCUCUUCCUCAUCCAGACCGCUUUGGUCUUUCAAGAGACCCGCGAUGGACUCGGCAAAACGGUCCGUCGGCUCACGCGUAAUCAGAUUUUGACAAUACAAGAGUAUCUCUACGCUGACGACUUCUUCUUCCUGCUGUCAGUCUGGACGACGAAAGUCGCGUUUGCUCUGCUAUUCUAUCGAACCUCGCCUAAGAGCAGCUUCCAACGGGCUACCAAAGGAGUCUGCGGUUUCAUUGUCCUCACAGGAGUCGUAUCAAUACUUCUCAUCACUCUCCGAUGCGACCUCUCGCAACCAUGGAUAUGGUUCACUUCGAGCGGAACAACCUGCGAAGAUCUGACCACGAGAUGGCAAGCGAUCAGUGCGCUCGACAUUGCUACUGAAAGCCUCCUAUCCGCAUUGUCUCUAUACCUGGUCUGGGACCUACAAAUGUCUUUUUCGAGGAAGUCGUUGGUCGUCUUCGCCUUCAGCCUGCGCCUGGCUAUCAUAGCGCCAAUAGUCUGCCAUCUACACUACCUAACCGUUGCAACCAGAUCGGACGAUGUCAGCCUCAAGGCAACGUCUUUCGUUCUGUGCAAACAAGUCGAGCUAGCCUAUUCAGUCAUUGCUGCCAACAUCCCAGUCCUGCGACCUUUCAUCAUCGCAACAGCGACCAACUACGGCGGUUUAGCCGAAGGCCCCAAGGGCCACUCGGGAAGUAACCACGAGCUUCAAACGUUCGGCUCCAAAACCAUCAGUCGACGAACGAAGUCCAACAACAACUCCAACAAUCGCUCGAGAAUCGACGACGACGAGACGAUGCUCAACGCCGGGCCCACGCAUACAAAGAUCUCGUCUUCGGGGAAGCAAGAUGCAACGAGCGUGGGAAGCAAUGAUAGUGAGCGCAUGAUUAUACGGAAGGAUGUACAAUACUCGGUAGCCUACAAUCGAGGCAGGUCGGAGAGUGGGAUGCAUAGUAGGGAGAGCGAGGAGGACUGCUCUGGAGCUUGGUGA